AAAAAUCUUCGUCGCUCUUAUCAUGACCUAAGGAACUCUCUGCCUACUAAAAUCCCCAGAGACCUUCAUCGCUCUCACCAUCCCAGAAAGAACUCUGCCUACUUUCUGCCAUACCUUAUCUGAACACAAUCCAUGGAUUUCGAAAGUUCAAGAACAAAGAAUAGGUUACUCAAAUGGUUGACCAGAAUUUAUGAUGACAUAAUGACAAUUUUGAUGUCGUCGUAACGGUCGAAAUUGUCAACAACGGACAAAAAGGCAUUAAAUAUCUCUCUUAUAAAUGGAACCAAGCUCUAUGUAAUCAGGGGGACCUUCAUUCGAAUUACAGAUCAAUAUACCUUCUAUUUUGCUUACUUGACACCAUUCUUAUUGUUCUUGUCAUUUUCCUUACCGUUCUUGUACGAAACCCAAUCAAUAUAUAAUUUCUAUUCUAAUUAGUUUUAGUUUAUCAAAAUUUGGCUAAAACAAUUUGGCACCGUAUGUGGGAAAUCGUGCAAGAAAUUUAUUCUCCAUGGAAGGAACGAGCAACGAGAUGAUGGCCGAGUUUCAUAAGCAAUUGGAGGCGAUGAAGGAAGAAAUCUGGUGUGAAAUGGCUCAGCGGAUGCUUUUAUCCAACGAGAAAAUGACGUGUUGCGCUCUCAAGUGCAAUCGGUGGCGUCCAUAGCUUCCAACUCAAGAUUUAGCCGAAGAGGUGACGCCAUGACAGCAGCAACGAGGCUGGAAUUUGACCCCAUUCCAAUCUCGACCGAACCUUUUAUCCGUCAUUCAGGAGCCGACGCAUCUGGAGAUCCGGGGCCUUCAAACCGAUCUUUUCCUCUCCAGAAUCCUAGCACGAACAUGUUUCACAUACUAUUUCCGAAAUCUCAGAGACGACGAGUUCCAGAUCAUGUCGACAUCCCCCGACACGUCGACAUCCCUUUACAUGUCGACAUCAACAACCAGAGACAACAAGAUCCUGAAGUCAUCGUCAUAUCCUCACCAACCAAGCAUGAUGUGACCCGGGUGACGACGCCACCAAUCUCGACGACAAGACAGAUGCAAGCAUAUCCGACAGACCCCUUAUCCGUCAUCAUGGAAGAGCUGAGGGAAAUGCGAGAGAAGAUCAAUGGUAUACCCGGAGUGCCACCUCCAUUGGACGUCGCUUCACAGACAUGCUACGCAGAUUCCCCUUUCAGACGACACAUCACAGACGUUGAGAUUUCAAGGAAGUUUGUUGCCCCCUCGAUGAUAUUAUUCGAUGGAACUACCGACCCCCUGGAACACGUCGCUCAAUACAAGCAGCAGAUGCUUGCCACCUCAGUCAGACCAGAGCAGUGGGAGGCUUGCAUGUGCAGGGCAUUUGGGACAACAUUGACAGGGCCAGCGCUGACGUGGUUUGUCAAUCUACCGAAUGAAGGCGUCAGCUCAUUUGCGGAGUUAGUCAACCUCUUCAACCAGCAAUUUGCAAGCAGUCGGGUUCUGGAGAAGCAGACCAGCGAUCUCUACCGUGUGGUCUAGAAACGCAACGGAUCCUUAAGAGAUUACCUCCACCGCUUCAACAAAGAGAAGGUGUCUGUAACACCCCGCUCCGUAGGGCCCGAGGUAGUUACUCAUACACACCCUCCAGACCUCUAGUACUGUCCUCACAAACCUCCACGAGCCUUUAACGCGCACUUUGUCCUCACUCGUGCGCGCCCUGAGAAACUUCUCAAGGGGUCACCCAUCCCAAGACUACUCCUGUGCAAGCAUGCUUAACUUUGGAGUUCUUGGAGAUGAGCUCCCUUAAAAGGAGAUACAUCUUGUUGGUAUGAGUAGUACUAUUAAUCCGUUUAAAUUAAAUCUCAAGUGUUACAAUCACCCCCACUUAGGAACGCAACGUUCUCGUUGCGCCCAUAAACCAAUCUCAAUCAAAUCCCAGAAUCUUUUCCCCCGCUAAGUGUCUGCCCGAUAUCCAACGGAACAACACACUGUCGCAAGGUUGCUCUGAUACCACCUGUAACACCCCGCUCCGUAGGGCCCGAGGUAGUUACUCAUACACACCCUCCAGACCUCUAGUACUGUCCUCACAAACCUCCACGAGCCUUUAACGCGCACUUUGUCCUCACUCGUGCGCGCCCUGAGAAACUUCUCAGAGGGUCACCCAUCCCAAGACUACUCCCGUGCAAGCACGCUUAACUUUGGAGUUCUUGGAGAUGAGCUCCCUUAAAAGGAGAUGCAUCUUGUUGGUAUGAGUAGUACUAUUAAUCCGUUUAAAUUAAAUCUCAAGUGUUACAGUGUCAAUCCCCCGAUGUGACAUACCAACAGUCAUCGAGGCAUUCAGAAGAGGUUUGUAUGAAGAUUCAGAGUUGUACCACGAAUUGAAAAAAUACCCUUGUCGGUCCUUCGAAUAUGUCCAAGCAAAGACGUUAGCUUUCAUCCGUCUAGAAGAAGACUUACGAUCCCGUCGAAGACAAAUUGAGUACGAACAGGGGCAUGGGAAAUCAGAAUCUCCCAGGAGGCGUGAUUACAAGCAUGGAAACCCAUAUUCGAGACCUGAGGAACAAGUCAUCACGAGAUAGAGCAGACGACAUGAUCGGAGUCGUCAGACGGGGGGCAUGUCGUCUGAUUCUAGACGGGCUCUGAAAAACUGCAAUACGAUGACAUGAUCGAAAUCGUCGGACGGGGGGCAUGUCGUCCAAAGACAGACAGGUUCUGAAGAGCUGCAAUACGGUACCCUUAAAGUUGUUUCAUUUUUAGUUUGGUAUUUUCUUUUACAUAUUGUUGUCACUCCUGUGACGGGAUAAAUCAGACGACAUGACUGAAAUAGUGUGAGACGGGGGCAUGUCGUCCGAUGAUAAACCUGACGACAUGAUUGAAAUAGUCUGACUUCAGACAAGUCCUGAUGAUAAGUAUUUGUCUAGUUUUGUAUACAUACUUUUAAUUUAUUACUUUUGUUUACAUAUAAAUAUUCACUAACUUAAGCAUCGGAUGGCCUUUGGCCAACGGCCAGACUUUGACAACAUGAUUUCAUGCAGGAUAUCGACGCAAUAAGCACUUUGAACGUGCCAACAGAAGGCACUCACACAUACCCCCUACAACCUAAGAAGGGGUAGUAAGGUUAGCAUGGGCCAUUCAUAUUUGAAGUAUGAAAAACAAACCCAUGCGCCUUACACGUUUUCGCCAAAACGACAAAAGCACAAAACUACAGAAAUACACAACAGAAGCAUGUGCUCCAAAAGCAUGACAACAGAAGCUCCAAAACAUAAGGAGACAAUACAGAUGACAUUGACACAAAUCACAAACACUCAUGUCGACAAUAUUGCUAAAAACACAAAUGAAACAUUAUUCAUAGUUUUCACAAGAUAUGGACCACGUUCACGCAACCCAACUCGUCUUCUUCAACAACAAAUGAUGUUCCCUUUUCCAGCUGAAGUGUCGACAUUUACAUGAAAGAUGUUGCGAACUUCUGCCACCUAGUCGUCAGCACAAUUUCGGAGGAGGAGAAGACGAAGUGCCAGCCUUUAGUCUUCAUUGUUUUAGUCAAUGAGACGGAUUCCAUAGGAAGUCACUCGAAAGAAAGAUGGUAACUUUUCGUUAGACGAGUUGAUCCAUACGUCACAUCAAGUCAAUGAUGGGCCAAUAGAUGCAAUGAACCAAGAUGUGAAGUGUACUUUUGAAUUUUCGAUAAGUUGAUGCUUAACAGGUCGACAUGUCCAUGACACGCCUCAACUUCUCGAAAGGGGGCAAUUGUUGGUGCAGGAAUUUGACAAUAUGGAAAGCUUGACCGGGGCAAUUAAUGACGUAUUUAUUAGAAUUAAUGCUAGAUGAUUAAUUCUAGCGGUUUCAUGUAUAUUAUGAGAGUUAUUGUUGUAAUUAUGGCGUAGGUUACUCAAAUGGCUGACCAGAGUUUAUGACGACAUAAUGACAAUUUUGAUGUCAUCGUAACGGUCGAAACCGUCAACAACGGACAAAAAGGCAUUAAAUAUCUCUCUUAUAAAUAGAAUCAAGCUCUAUGUAAUCAGGGGGACCUUUAUUCGAAUUACAGAUCACUAUACCUUCUAUUUUGCUUAC